UAGGAGAACAGUUUUUGCUUAUUCGUCACCUUCAUUUUGACCUGAGAACGGCGAACUUGUAAAUAAUAUUUGAAAUUUAAUUAAAUAAUGGAACUAGUUGGUUUUGUGCACAAAUACGAAUGGGGAAAAGUCGGCAAAGACUCUGCCGUGGCACAACUUGCCACGCUCAAUGAUCCGGCAUUUAAUGUGGAUGAGAAAACGCCUUACGCUGAGCUGUGGAUGGGCUCCCAUCCUAGCGGACCUUCAAAGUACAAAUCAAGUGGCAUUAAUUUACAAGAUGAACUGCCAUUUCUAUUAAAAGUUUUAAGUAUAAACAAGGCAUUGAGCAUACAAGUACACCCAAACAAAUCGGAAGCAGAAAAAUUGCAUUCGAAAUUACCGAAUAUAUACAAGGACCCCAAUCAUAAGCCCGAAAUGGCGAUCGCAUUAACCCCUUUUACAGGUUUAUGCGGUUUUCGUCCGCUGCCUGAAAUACGCGAUAUUUUGCAGAAUAUUGAGCCACUUAAAGCUUUGGCAGUGGAGGACCCAAAUGAUCUCAAACUAUUGGCUGCUAAUGAUGAGUCGGGAUUGCGCAAUUGUUAUCGCAAAUUGAUGAAUGCGGAGAAGAAUGCAAUUGGUGAAUGUAUUGAUGCGAUUUCAAAAGACUAUACAAAAGAAUUAUAUAAACACAAUAUACAUGAAAUCUUUAACACAUUGAAAAGCGAUUUCCCAAAUGAUGUCGGCGUCUUAUCUUUAUUCUUUUUGAAUGUUGUACGAUUGCAACCUGGUCAAGCAAUGUUUCUCGGAGCAAACCAAAUACAUGCUUACCUUUCCGGUGACUGUGUCGAGUGCAUGGCUUGUUCAGAUAAUGUGAUACGCGCUGGAUUGACGCCGAAAUAUAAAGAUAUCAAGCAAUUGCUUAGUUCACUAGAAUAUACAGGUGCACCAGCUGAAUGCAAAAUAUUUACGCCAGUGCGUGUUGACGCCCACCGCUUGAUAUUCAAGCCACCCGUUGAAGACUUUUCAUUGAUACAAUUAACAUUGAAACCGUCUGACUUGGAAUAUGUUUUAAAAGUUGAACAAUCGCCUGGUAUUUUACUUGUGAUAAGUGGCGAACGCUACUUGGAAAGUUACGGUUUAGAUAAGUUGAAAUUAAAACGUGGUUCCAUUGUAUAUCUGCCUUUUGAGAGUGACACAGAACUACGAUUUUUGCCUGCUGGAGAGGGUGAACAUGAAUUCUUGGCUUACAUCAGUACACCAAAUGCUGCGUCAUCCUGCAAGUCUAAUGUAUAGUUGAAACUUAAGACCCUACUGAAGUUAUGAUUUCUCAUUUAUUGCAAUUUUAAUUAUAUUUAUAUAAUGUGUACAUGUAAGUUAUUAGUUUUAAACAAUAAAAAGGCAACUACUAGUAUAAUGUUGUUGUGGAAAAUAA